CGCGCUUGCUAGUGAACAAAUUGAUAUAUGUUUGAUCCCAAAGGUACCUUUUAAUCUACAUGGACCGCAUGGUGUCUUGAGGCAUCUGAAGUACCUAAUUGAGACAAAGGGAUCAGCUGUUGUCUGUGUGGCUGAGGGAGCUGGGCAGUACGAUGGAUAGGAAUUGGAUGAUAGACUUUCUUACCAAUAUGUUAAUGGAGUUGAUAAUUAUUUGUGAUACCAACAUUGUUCGAGCAUUCAUGCAGGGACAAACACAAGCAAGCAAGCGGCGAUAUGCAGCGGAAGCAACGCAGAGACUUGAGACAAAUUAAUAUAAGUAAGAAUGGGAAUUAUAUGAAGUAGUAUGCAGUACCCACCCACCCCAGAAGCUUCAAAUAUAAUUGGAUUCCAAGCGUAUAAUCGAACCCCAGGCCAAGACGUAAUAGUGGUGCCAUUAAUUGUUUAUAUUUUACAGUCCGAGGAGAGAUAUGGGAUGAGAGCUGUUUCCACCAUGGCAAUGCAAAGGAUAUGCAAGCUCCACCUGUCAUUACUCUCUCUCUCUCUCUCUCUCUCUAUAUAUAUAUAUAUAUGUAUAUAUAUAUAAAUAAGCCUCCCUCACUCUCAGAUGCUUCCUUUAAGAUAAAACUGACAUAUAUAUAUAUAUGUUUAUUAUCAUCACAGCAUUCUCUCUCCCAUCCCUAUAUAUAUAUAUACCCUUUUCCCACAGCCCAAUCACAAAAUCUCUCUCUCUCUCUCUCUCUCUCUGUGUGUGUCCCAAAUGGCGUCCUUCACAAGAAGAGCAUCGGCACUGCUAGCUUAUCUGCUUCUGAUCACGAGGUGCCUGAUAACGGCUGCCGUUGCCGGAGGAAACUUCAAGCAAGACGUCGAAGUUACGUGGGGCAACGAACUGGCUCAGAUACUCGCCGGCGGCCGGCAGCUCACCCUCUCAUUGGACAAGGCUUCUGGGUCUGGUUUCCAGUCCAAACACCAGUUCUUAUUCGGACGUUUUGACAUGCAGCUCAAGCUUGUGCCGGGCAACUCUGCCGGCACCGUUACAACUUACUAUUUGUCCUCGGAGGGGCCAACCCACGACGAGAUAGACUUCGAGUUUCUGGGCAACGUUUCAGGACAGCCAUACACAGUCCACACCAAUGUCUACUGCCAAGGGAAAGGCAAUCGUGAGCAGCAAUUCCAUCUCUGGUUCGACCCCACCGCAGCCUUCCACACCUACUCCAUCGUCUGGAACCCUCAACGCAUCAUAUGGAUGGUGGAUAACAUUCCACUAAGGGUGUUCAACAACAACGAGGGAAUCGGCGUUCCCUUCCCCACAAGCCAGCCCAUGAGGUUGUACUCAAGCCUGUGGAAUGCCGACGACUGGGCAACCCAAGGCGGCAGAGUGAAGACCGAUUGGACCAAAGCUCCCUUCACUGCUUCCUACAGGAACUUCAAGGUCAAUGCUUGCUUGCCCUCGUCCUCACCGUCUGAGUCAUCGUCUUGUGAUUCCAAGUUCUCCACCUCCACGGCAACGUCGUCGUCUUCUGAUGAGGCAAUUUGGCAAACUCAACAACUUGAUUCCAAUGGCCGAAAGAGGUUGCGAUGGGUGCAGCACAAGUUCAUGAUCUACAACUACUGCACUGACUCCAAACGUUUCCCUCAAGCCCUUCCCCGCGAAUGCACAUUACGCCAAUGAUCCCCACCCUCAUAAGGCUUCCCUUUUGGGCGAAGUGGUUUUCCUUCGAGUCUUGGUGACCCAUCUUCAUAGUUUUGGAAUUACUACAUGUUCAAAUAAAUUCUUCAUUCUUUCUAUUCAAAUGUAAAAUGUAUCAAUAAAUUAAUUAUAUGGUUAAAAUUGAUUUGUUUAGUCAUACAGCUUAUUUGAUUUUCUUU